AUGAUGAACAAGUGGCGGCUCUCAGAAGACUUGUUCAAGCAGAUCGUGUUGUAUCAGCGCGGCAUCCCAGCGUACAUGCUGCUGCUUGUGCGACUCCUGUACCGAGUUUACACGCCCAAGUCGAAAGAUUUUGCCAUGACGACCUCGAUAAUCCAGCGGUGGUGGUCCAAGUGGGGUGUAACUCGUCUGGCCGACCUGUUUCGCCACCUCCCGCGGAUUAAGGGCAUGAUGCUGCUUUUUGCCACUUGGAACAACGUGCCCGACGUGAUUGACUACUUUGUUGUGAACAACAUCAACAUCCGAUCGUACGGGGGUCGGUUGCUGGACGUGGCAGCCAGUCGCAACCACUUGGACAUUCUCCAGAAGCUUCACCACCUCGGACACAAUGGAUGCACCACGGAAGCGAUGGAUUGCGCUGCUUCCUUCGGAAACAUGGCCAUGAUAAUGUUCCUGAAGACGCAUCGCCAAGAAGGCGCGUCGGAAGCGGCGACUCUUACCGCGGCCGCCAGCGGACACCUUGACAUGUUGCAAUUUCUGCAUGAACAAGUGGGCACGAGAUGGCAUAAAGAUGCCAUGGACAAAGCUGCUGCCGCAGGUCACGUGCACAUCCUGGAAUACUUGCACCAUAGAGCACAAACGUGCACCCACGUGGCCAUGGAUCUCGCAGCUGCGCAUGGGCAUUUUGCUGUCGUCAAGUGGCUUCACUCGCACCGAAAACCUGCCACGAAAAUGGCCAUGCACAACGCAGCUGUCAACGGUCAUUUCUACAUCGUUCGAUUCCUGCACACGCACCGCAACGAAGGGUGUGUCAAGGUCAUGGAAACACUGACCAAUUCGUCGGCGACCACAUCACCGUCCAACACGAUCACCGAGGCGGCCAAGCAUGGCCAUCUUGGCGUUGUGCAAUACCUCCACCACUAUGACCUCUCAAACGUUGGUUCAGAAACCCUAGUCGGCGCCGUCACCAUGGGCCACCUUGCCAUUGUCGAGUACCUGCUGCUUUACGCAAAUGGUUUCUCCGCCGUCCAUGUGAACAAGGUGUUGGACAUUGCAGCGACGAACAAUCACGUGGCAUUCGUGGAUUGGCUCGCGACAACGUUUGGCGCAACUGGGACGGACGGUGCCAUCGAUGGGGCAUCCGGGCAAGGCCAUUGGGCCAUGGCACAGCACCUGCACGAGAGAUUCGGCGUAGGCUGCACUGCAUCGGCGAUCGACAUGGCUGUGGCAGGCAACCACUUUGCUGCAGCUACAUUUCUGCUCGACCAUUUAUGCCACGUAUCUCCAGAAACGAUGGACCUGGCAGCCGAACAUGGCCACGUCGAAAUGGCCCAGCUCUUGUUUUCGAAAUCGACCGCCGGGUGCACGACCAACGCGCUCACCUUGGCGGCUCGCAAUGGACAUUUGAACAUGGUCGUGUGGCUGCACGACACCAAGCUGGUCUUGGGCUGUACCGACGAAGCCAUGGAAGGCGCACGGCAAAAUGGCCACUUCCGCAUCGUGCAGUGGCUCGAGCAACGGUAUCGCGCGAGGCCAUAGCAAGUCAGCGGCCUCGAAAACGAGUGGACCCAUCGAUCCUGGCCAUUGAAAUCCUUCCAAUGGAAAAUGCGACCGUUGUAUGCACACCCCCUUGUCGUCACGAAAAUUAGCCUAGCGCUACAUCCAGCACCUGGAAGUUAAGUUUGUAUCGUCUUGAAUGGACC